AUGAAGGUUUAUGUAAUAUAUUUUUUUCUGUACAAAAUCCUACUGGCUUAUGUGUUAAAACAGAAUAUGUCAGGAGAUAAUAUAAUAAAUAGAAGUAGCUUUAAAACCAUUUUAAAUAAAAGAACCAACAAAUUACUGGCACAUACCAACAAGAAUUUCAGGAAAUUGGGAAGAGACAGAGCGCAAAGAAGAGCGCUGCUUAGAGCCCUAACUACCAGUCUUCUGAGACACGGUAAAAUAGUAACAACCGAAGCAAAGGCUAAAGAAGCCAGAAGGAAAGUUGACAGAAUAAUAACCUAUGCAAAGAAGCACGAUGACAACAGGCAAUAUGCAUACCGAUUAAUAGCAAAUUACGUAUAUGACAGAGAAUUGGCUCUUAACAUUGUUAAGCAGGCCCCUGUUAGAUAUAAAGAACGAAACGGAGGGUAUACAAGAAUAAAGCUUUUACCGAAAAGCCGAAAAGGAGAUGCAGCAAGGAUGGCUUCAUUGGAACUUUUGUAA